CAGGGGCCAGGUCGGCCAUUAUUUUUCGCGUCUAUAUCCACGAGUUAUAGUAAUAUAGUAUCAACUGCGCGCGUUACUCAAUUAUUAAAUAACACCCAUUAAUAUAGUUUUUAAAUAAUAAUUAUUUACUGUACUGUUAAUUUAAAACCGACAUGAUAAAUAACAAAUAAAUUUAAUUGCUACUAAAUUUAAAAUCACUACGUACUGAGAGUUAGAUGAUAUCGAAUGCGGAAGAGAAGCAAGAGAUCAAACAGUGGCCAGUCAACCCGGUGCUAAUUCGAAAAAUAAGUUGGUUUUAUUGAAAGUGAUAAAGGAAGCUGCGAUUGAUGAUUGAUCAUUGAUCAGUUAAGGGACGACGUUUGUUUUUAAACCAAUAAAAAGCUUACUAUAGUUGAGGGUUACGCGUUUUGGACGCGGUGCCCAUAACGGGCGCAGAUGGGAGCUGGUUUUAUAAAUUUAAAGUGGGUGGUACGACCCACAGUUAAAUAUUUAAUAUCAACGGUACCUAAAGUAUUAACGUUUGUUAAUAAUAAAAAUCUAGACCACCGAGUCUUUGGUAUCAUAAGUUGUACUGAAUUGUUUAAACUCAAUCAAGCUGGAAUUGAUGGAGUUGGAGAAUAUCGUAGCCAAUACCGUUUAUCUCAAAGCACGAGAAGGCGGUGGUGACAGUAAUAAAGGUAAAAGUAAAAAAUGGCGAAAGAUACUCCAGUUUCCCCACAUAUCUCAGUGUAUUUAUUUACGAGAUAAACUUGAUAUAAAGUUUAGCUAUGUUGUGGAUCAACAACCAAUAGGGCGACUGCUUUUCAGGCAAUUUUGCCAAGAUCUAAAACCUAUUUAUCAUCGUUAUAAUCUCUUACUAGAUGCCAUUGAAAAAUAUGAAAUUGAAAUAGAUGAAAAUCGCACGGAAUUAGCCAAAGAUCUGUAUGAACAGUAUUUGAAGCAUGAAGCUUCGGAGGUAUCGGGUAUUUUGAAUGAUUCGGUAAUAUCACAGUGCGAGGAACGUCUAAGCUCUGGUGGUAAAGAUUUAUUUGUUCAAGUAUCUUCAACAGUUAAAAAUUAUCUUGCCGGUGAACCUUUUUCGCAAUUCCUCACGAGUUUCUACUUCUAUAGGUACCUACAAUGGAAGUGGUUAGAAGCCCAGCCAGUAACUUACAAAACUUUCCGAAUGUACAGAGUGCUAGGAAAAGGUGGAUUUGGAGAAGUAUGUGCUUGUCAAGUACGAGCAACUGGAAAAAUGUACGCAUGCAAAAAAUUAGAAAAAAAACGGAUAAAAAAACGCAGAGGCGAGUCCAUGGUGUUGAUAGAAAAAAACAUAUUGCAAAAAAUAAAUUCAAAGUUUGUCGUAUCACUGGCGUACGCAUACGAAACAAAAGAUGCACUCUGUCUUGUAUUAACAAUAAUGAAUGGCGGUGAUCUUAAAUUUCAUAUAUACAAUAUGGGUGGCGAUCCGGGUUUUGAUAUAAAUAGAGCGAGAUUUUAUGCCGCUGAAGUGGUUUGUGGUCUUGAGCAUCUCCAUCUUCAGGGCAUUGUUUACCGUGAUUGUAAACCCGAGAACAUUCUUCUCGAUGAUCAUGGACACGUGAGGAUAUCGGAUCUGGGAUUGGCGGUUGAAAUAUCUGAAGGCGAUAUGGUGCGCGGUCGAGUGGGUACUGUUGGUUAUAUGGCGCCAGAAGUUAUUGACAAUGAAAAGUACACCUUUUCACCUGACUGGUUCAGCUUCGGUUGCCUUGUUUACGAGAUGAUCGAAGGUCAAGCACCUUUUAGAGCUCGAAAAGAAAAAGUUAAGCGUGAAGAAGUUGAUCGACGUGUAAAAGAAGAUCAAGAAAAAUACUCGCACAAAUUUACAGAUGACGCUAAAAAUUUGUGCCAACAAUUGUUGAAAAAAAGUCCAAAGACUCGGUUGGGAUGUAAAUGCGGUAGAUAUGGCGCGAAGGAAGUUAAACUUGAUAGCUUUUUCCAGUGUUUGAAUUGGAAGAGAGUCGAGGCUGGGAUGUGGGAACCACCGUUUGUACCGGAUCCUCAUGCAGUUUACGCUAAAGAUGUAUUGGAUAUUGAACAGUUUUCAACUGUUAAAGGCGUUAAUUUAGAUGCAACAGAUGAUACAUUUUACAGUCAAUUUAAUACUGGUAGUGUUUCAAUACCAUGGCAAAAUGAGAUGAUUGAGACUGAAUGCUACAAAGAGCUUAAUGUACUCGGGCCAAAUUGUACACCGACGCCAGAUUUAUUAAUAAAUAAUCCACUUACGAAUAAUGACAGCCGUGGAUGCUUUCCCUUUAGAAGAAAAAAGAAACAAAAUGCAAGAACAAGACAGAUACCAAUAUCCGAUGGACAUUUACUUGAACUAUCACAGAGUCAAGGAUCUGAAUUACCAGCUAGCUGAUAAUCGUAAAUUUUAUAACUAUUUAAUAUAAAUAAGCACAAAAUUUUUAUUUUAAAUUAACGCACUUUUUCUAUACUGUAAAAGUUUUAUUUAUUUAGCUGUUUACUUGCUAAAUUUAUUCUAAAAUAUUUUAUUUAACUCGAUAUUUACUAAUAAUUAUAUUAUUAAUAGUAAUCAAUAAUAAUAAUAUUAAUAAAAUUAAAUAAUGGUAAUAUUAACACUAAUAAUAAUAAUAUAAAUUAUAAAUAUAAAUAUAUUAAUACCAAAUAAAUAUGUCCCGGCUAAAUCGCACAUUUAUAAUCGUAAAAUAAAACGUGUUUAAUAUUUAAAUUAUUAUAAAUUAAAAAUUAUAACGCACGAAAUUCUCACGUUCAUUUAUAAAUAACAGUAAAAAUUAAUAAAACAAAUAAUUAUUACAUGGAAAAAAAUGAAUAGUACUGGUUACUGUUCUGCGCAGUAAUCGACGAAAAAUAUAGAGAAAGAUCCAUUUUAAUAUGACUGAUUGAUAUUAGGACAGGAGUAAGUCAUUGCUUAACACAUACUAUUACUUUUUAAACAGUAACCAGUGCUGUGCUACACAGUAAAUGAAACAUAUGACUGGUUACUGUUGAAAUAGUCAUCGUUCAUAGUUCAAAAAUAUACAAACUUCUCAGCACAGCUCUUGUUGCUGGAUAGAAUGCGAAAACUUACUAUUUAGUGACAGGAAUGGUUACUUAGGUACAGUACAGUACUCAGUCCUGUUUUUACAUGAACUAUUUCUAAGUUCAUACGUGUCUCUAGUGUCAAGAAUAUUAAAGACACAUUAAGUUAGUAACUGUUCAUGUCAAAAUAGGACUGAGUACUGUUCUGGAUGUUUAUUUAUUUAUUUAUUUAACGCCAAUCGGCUAUGCACUAAUGAAAUAUAUAAUGAUAAAAAGAUAUAUGAGUAUCAAUAAAUCAAGAGAAAAAUAACAAUCCAUAUAAAAGUAAUAUUAUUUGAUGAUUAAUAUUGCAGAAGUAGCUUCUUGAUAUCGAGUGAGAAUGAGGCAAUUGUAUUGCCAAAAAAAUCGAUGUCCGAACAAUUGCUAUUGACUAGCCUUGCUAUUCUAUUGAGUGACCCAUGAACUACGUAAUUUUUAUUUUAUUUGACGGUAUAGAGUAACCGAGAUAUUCUGAGACCAGGUCUAGGGUAAUAAACUCAAACAUUUAGUGUCUCUGGCGAGUCUAUUAGACUGUUGAUAACUUUGUAGAAAAAUAUAAAGUCCGUGACUUCUCUUUGACUUCGUAGGCUGCUUAUUUUAAAUUUGGAACUAAUAUCAUCGACACUAACUGGUGGUCCAUUAAUUCUUGUACAGUGAGACAGAAAUUUAAUGAACUUAUGUUGUGUCCUUUCGAUUGUGUUAACGCGGAUAUCAGAGUAGGAGGACCAGAUAACCGAGCAGUACUCCAAAAUAGGCUUGACUAAAGCACAGUAAAGCCUUAAUGAGAACUACGAGAUCUAAGUAACCAGUCAUAUGUUUCAUUUACUGUGUUGCAUAUCAUUGGUUACUGUUUAAAAAGUAAUGAGACCUGUCAAGUAAUUACUUACUCUUGUUCUAAUAUGAAUCAGUCAUAUUAACACGCAUUUUUCUUUAUACUUUUCGCCGAUUACUGCGCAGAACAGUAACCAGUACUACCUAUUUCUUUCCAUGUAUGCAUUCAAAUAAUAAAUAUAGACAAAAUAAUUAAACAGUAGUAUUUUAUAAAAAAUUUAAAGAGCUACUGGUUUUUAAUUGAUGGUGUCGAAAGGCUCAAAAAAAUGAUUAUAAAUAUUAUGAUAAAUUAAACCUGUAAUUAUUGUGUAAAUUUUAUUUUUAACUAUUGUUAAAUUUUUUAAAUCAUUCCAUUUUUUGUACGAUAUUUGUUAUUUAUCGUUGUUAUUAAUUUUUUUUUCUCUCGAUGUAGCGUGACAGUUGAACUGACAAAUUCCAUAGGAAUUAUUGUUAUUAUUUUUAAGUAACAUUGUAGAUUUAUUAAUUAUUUAUUAGUUUCGUAAUUUUUAUACCCAUAAGAAAUGAAAUAUUUUAUUAUUUGAACAAACAAUUAAUUAAUAAUAUAAAAAUAGAGGUGUAAAGAAUAAAAGACGAGACGGUAAACCGUUAAGAAUUUUAACCGUCCGUUUUAAUAAAAAAAAAAGAAAAAUCAAUUCGUAAUUAUAGUGAAUUAUAAUUGGUUUCGUAAAAAACAAUUACUUAUCAAUUUGGAUCACAUGAAAUAGGCGUACCGAACAAAUUAAAUAAUUAUAAAAAAUAAUAAACGCUAGCAUUGCAAUUAAACUACUCGAGGGAUUUAUAAACAAUUAUGGUCUCCGUGAGACUUUUGUGUUAUGGCCUAUUUGUGUAUUAAUUUUUUACGCAUUUUUUAAAAUCUUUACUUUUUUAAAGAUAAAAAAUUAUUAUUGAAUAUGAUAAUUAAAAAUAAUUAAUUCAAAAUUAUUAAAUGAAUCAAAUAUACGAUUCAACUAGUCACAGUAUGUAUGUGCAUUAUACUCAUUAAAUUAAAUAUAAAUAAUUGCCCCACGUGCACUAAUCACUGAACCAACAGUGCAAGCAAUCACCUAUUAUAUAACAAUUAUAAUAAUGAUUCUCUCUAAAGAAUAACGAUAAUAAUAUUAAUAAUAAUAAUAAUAAAAUAAAAAAUAAAUAUGCUGGAGUGCA